AUGUUACACGCUAAUUCUAUCAACGUAAAACCCAAACAACAUAAAAUCUCAAAUAAUUCCAAAAUUAGAAUAGCUUAUUAUACACCAAUGUUAGGAAAUCGUAUUGAUUCAUCAUCAACAGAAAAGAUAUUUAAUCAAAAUUUUAAAAAAGUAUGUGAAAUGAUCGAUCCCGAAGAUUUUUCAAUGGCAAACAUCGUCAUUGUUAGUAUGCCAGAUUUAAAACGAUUACCAGAACGCGAUUAUAGGACUCAUAGAAAGGAACAACUAUGGCUAUUUUAUACUGAAGAAUCACCACAUAAUACAUACAAAUAUUAUGUUAAAAAUAACCCGAAACAAUUGUUUAAUACAACAAUAUUUGAUGAUUGGUUUAAUUUAACGAGUACUUUGAAACCGGAGUCGGAUUUUCAUAUACAAUACAAAGGUUAUCGUAUUAAGCAAGAAAUAGUUGUUUUAUUAAAAGAUAAAUUAAACUAUUCUUUGCCAUCGUUAGUAUCAAACGAAUCUUCCCUUACUGUAAAUUUAUCUCUCUCCAAUCUAACUAUCCUCUCGAACGUGUUAAUUUCUGAAAUAUAUGCGCGACAAGAUGCAUUAAAAAGUAAUUGUCCACAUGGAUGUAAUCGUCAAUUAUCAGAACAAAUAUAUGAGAGGUUACAGAAAUAUUUACCAUCUCUUGAUUAUACAACGGAGAAAACAAAAUUGAUUGCCUGGUUUGUUAGUAAUUGUAACACUCACUCAAGAAGAGAAGAAUAUGUGAAUGAAUUAAAAAAACAUGUACCAGUAGACAUCUACGGCGAUUGCUCAUGGCAUCUGAAACGACGAUAUGAAUGUACAAAAUGGAUCAAUAAACCAGAAAAUUGUACAAAAAAAUUAUUAAAACAAUAUAAAUUCUAUCUAUCGUUUGAAAAUAGUCAAUGUGAUACAUACAUAACAGAAAAAUUUUGGUCACAUGGCUUAGGAUAUAAUGGACAAAUUGCUAUUGUGCCAAUUGUUUCAGGAGCUAAAAAGGAACAAUAUGAGAAAAUAUCUAUAAACAAUUCAUUCAUUCAUGUUGAUGAUUUUAAGACAUCAAAAGAACUUGCUAAUUAUCUUCUCUAUUUGGAUAAGAAUAACACAGCAUAUAAUAAAUAUCUAGCAUGGAAAUCAGUGUACGAUAUAGAAGAUCAUUAUUCGCCUACAAGAGAUAUGCAUUCAUCAGUAUGUUUACUAGGACACUAUCAACGUUUACAUGAUCAACAAACAAGAAAUGCACAAGAACAUAAUCAAUAUUUGAUGAAUAAAAUAAAAAGGAUAUUUUCUAUCGAUGAAAUUAAUUUGAAAAAUUUUAAUUGGGAAACAAGUAAAACAAACUUAAUACGUAUUAGUCAAUUUUAUUCUAUAAAAACAUGUUGGGAUAUCGGCUAUCCAAAUCUUCUUCAAAGGUUUUAUAACUUCUUUUUUACAUGGAAUUAG